UUCUUUUAAAACUGUCGUUUAAAAAGUUAUUACAAAAUUAUGUUUUUAAUGUUAAACAUUGCCUAAAGUUUUUGCAUUACAUUACAUCCUUGGCCUGUAUUUAGUGAUAAACAUAGUUUGUGGUUACUUUUACAUUGAAGUGAUUGUAGUUGUUGUGUAUGGACUGUUGUCUUCCGUCUGCAACAAAAAUGGUCGGUUGGUUACAACAGAAAACGGAUAGUCAUCAGACAUCCAACCAAAAGAGCAGUCCUAUGAAGUGUGACGGAAAUGAUGGCAAUGUUAUCGAUUGUCUCAAACAUCUGUACCAAACAAAAGUGUUGCCAUUGGAGAAGCACUACCACUUCGAUGAGUUUCACUCACCGCCACUCGAAUCGGCCGAUUUUGAGGCCAAACCCAGCAUUUUAAUGGUUGGCCAGUACUCGACAGGAAAGACAACAUUUAUUAAAUAUAUUCUGGAGAACGAAUACCCCGGCAUAAGAAUAGGUCCCGAACCCACUACAGACAGAUUUAUUUCUGUCAUGUAUAACACAGUGGAAGGUUUAAUACCGGGCAAUGCAUUGGCCAUUGACGCCAACCGACAGUUUCGACAAUUGGCAAAGUUUGGUAAUCCGUUUCUCAAUAGACUGCAAAUCUCUGAAACUGAUUGUUCAGUACUUAAGAAUUUGACAUUUGUUGACACACCCGGCAUAUUGUCCGGUGAAAAACAGCGCACUGAUAGAGGCUAUGACUUUACGGGUGUCCUCCAAUGGUUUGCCGAAAGAGUUGAUCGCAUUGUACUGAUGUUUGACGCCAACAAACUGGACAUUUCUGAUGAAAUGAAGAGUGCCAUUGAGGCUCUGCGCGGACACGACGACAAAAUGCGGAUUAUUCUUAAUAAGGCCGACACCGUUGAACCGACACAAUUGAUGCGAGUAUACGGUGCGCUCAUGUGGUCAUUGGCCAAAGUAAUGCGCACACCUGAAUCAGUUCGCGUAUAUAUCGGUACAUUUUGGGAUCAACCGCUUCAACACGACUAUUAUAGACGUCUCUUUGAGACCGAAGAACAAGAUUUGCUCAACGAUUUUAAGUCAUUGGCGAAAGACAGUCGGUUAAGGAUUUUGAAUGAUCUAAUCAAACGGACACAACUGGUCAAAGUUCACGCAUUGCUUAUGUGUGAACUGCACCGGUCUAUGCCUAUCGUUACCAUCAACAAGAAGACCAAACAACGUGAACUCAUCCAAAAGUUGAAUACAAUUUACAUUGAAAUUAGGAAUAGAUAUCACAUACCAAUUGGCGACUUUCCUGAUCUUCAGUUAAUGAAAGCAAAACUAAAGUCUUUCGAUUUCAGUCGUCUUCGAGCAUACAAAUGGUCUUUAUUUGAACAAAUCAAUGAAAUGAUGACUAAAGAAGUGCCAAAACUCAUGUCAAUGAUAAUUGCGGAACAAAUGAAUCUAUCAGAUGAUGUCUUCAAGAUUGUCGGCGGAAAGUUUGAUUUGUUAAAUAAGUCUCCGUUUGGUUAUUAUAAAAGCGAAGGUAUCGAAGCCGGCUCUCAGGAUAAACAAUGGAUUGUCGAUAAGGAUCGGCAAUCAUAUGACAAAUUGUUUGCAACUCUUGGACCUAUUGACGACAAGAUUACCAGUUAUAAAGUGAAAUCACAGAUGAUUAAGUCAAAGCUACCAAAUGGUGUCCUCAAUAAGAUUUACCGAUUGGCUGAUGUCGAUAAAGAUACUCUAUUGGAUUCGGAUGAAUUUGCACUGGCCAUGUAUUUGAUGGCCAUGAAAUUGGAUGGACACGACUUACCUAUUCAACUACCGGCUCAUCUCAUACCGCCGUCCAAAAGGCCACAAAAAGAUGUACCCGUAAUGUAAUGCAAAACUUAUUGUAAUGUUAUCUCAAUUGUUAUAUUAAAAAUGUCUUAUUAAAACAAUUUGAUUGUGAAAAUGUUUGUUUUUGGAUUUUUAUUAUAAUCAAAUAUACAAAAU